GAGAUGGAGAAAUAGAUAGUCCACUCAUUUCUUUCUUUAUUUCCCGUAUUAUAAAAUUUAUACUCUUAAUCUCUAAAGCCCUAUAGCUAGAUCUAGAGAACUUACAGUUUUCCAGCGGAGCUCAUACGCUAUAAAUAGAGCUUCUUCUUACACACGUUCUGCAACACGAAACUCCGAUCCAGUUGUCUUAUUUGUUAAAAAAUAUCCCUCGAUCAGCUCAUCUUUUCUCUCUUUGUUUUAGUCCUCGGACUCUCAAACAGGAACGAUGUCAAGAUUGGCAGAGCCUCUCAUUGUUGGGAGAGUCAUAGGAGACGUUCUGGAUUCUUUCAUUCCUAGCAUUAAAAUGUCAGUCACUUUCAACAAUAAGCAAGUCUUCAAUGGACAUGAGUUCUAUCCUUCAACUGUUGCCACCAAACCUAGGGUAGAGAUUGAAGGAGGUGACAUGAGAACCUUCUUCACUCUGGUCAUGACGGACCCCGAUGUCCCUGGACCUAGUGAUCCUUAUUUAAGGGAGCACCUUCACUGGAUAGUGACAGACAUCCCAGGCACAACAGAUGCCACAUUUGGAAGGGAGGUGGUGAGCUAUGAAAUCCCAAGACCAAAUAUAGGGAUCCACAGGUUUGUUUUUGUUCUUUUCAAGCAGAAACGUAGACAGAUAAUUAGGUCACCAUCUUCAAGGGAUAACUUCAGCACCCGAGAUUUUGCUGCUGAAAACGAUCUUGGCCUCCCUGUUGCUGCUGUUUAUUUCAAUGCUCAAAGAGAGACAGCUGCAAGAAGACGCUAACCAGCUGCAGAUCAAGUCAAAACUCAACAAAAAAAAAAGGGGGGGGGGGGUUUCAAGUAAACUGUGUGGUCGUUUUUAUUAAGUCUGUAAAAAUAUAGGGUUGUACCCAGAACUCUUAAAUAACUUGAUGCAGAGAUCCUCUUUGAAACUCUGCCAUGGCUUGCUGAAGUGUUGAAACUGAUAAGCUUUUGGUUUCAAAAAA